GUCGCGACAGUUCUUUCUAGCCUCCAGUUUGUGACAUAAAGUAAGUCUUUCAUCGGUUCAUUACUGGACAAGUUACAGGGCGCCGUUGGAAUCCUAAUGAUGCAGCGAAUCCCCUCGCUGCUGCUUCUCACUGCGUUUGACAGACGGACCUGUUUGUGUAUACUUCCAUUCCAAUAAUCCGUGCUUGUUUUCAAGCACCUCACACCUCGCUGUCAACUACACGCAUCCUCGUCAGCUUUUUUUUUUUUUAAUUUUGGUUUAACAAAAGAAUUAAACAUCAAAAUGGAAAAUUACCGCGCAGCAAUGGAACUCAGCGAACUCGGCCGUACUCUGUGUUACCAAAACUCACAUCAGACAAUUUGGAAUUGUGAUCAGAAACGUCAAGAGCAACAAAUCGAUGGAAGUCCGGAGAAAAUAACGGAAUGCCCUGAAACAUGCGAUAUCCCCAUAGUUGUACAGCUGCACAUGGCCACUGCGGAAUCUCUCGUUUCUGGCUUGGAGACACUUCACUCUUUUUACAGAAAAGUGGCCAAACUCUAUUCUAUUAUUCUGGAAAAAUACCUACAAAAUAAUGAAGCUAUUACACAGAGACCUAACACCAAGGAAGAGGCUAAAUUUGGUGUUGCAACAAGAGGCCUGAGUAUUGGAAUGUGCUAUUCAAAACCUGAGCAACUUGAUGACCUUGUCCAAGCGAGCAUUGAAUGCGGUCGAAUGACACACAGCUACCCUGCAGGCUUUCUUGGAUCUCUGUGCACUGCACUGUUUGUAUCAUAUGCUGUUCAAGGAAAGCCUAUAUCGCUGUGGGGACAUGACAUGUUGGCAGUGAUGCCGCUAGCAGAGGAAUACUGCAGGAAGAAGAUUGCCCAGUUCUCAGACUACAGAGAAAACUGGCUUUACUUCGAAAUGAAGUGGCAAUAUUUCCUUCAACACAGAAAAAAUAACCAGGAUGGACAUGAAUGGUCAUUGAACAGUGGAACAUGUGAUGUCAAAGAAGAACUAAAGCUGCACAGACGCUGGUGCUCCGAGUUAUCUGGGAGAGACAGCCAUCUUGAAAUAACUCUUAUUGUCUAUGAUGCCUUCUUAUCUUCUGGAAAUGACUGGAACAAGCUUUGUCAGAUGGCAAUGUCUCAUGAAGGAGAUACUGAAUCGGUUGUGGCUAUUGCUGGAUGUUUAUACGGCCUUUUGUAUGGCACAGGAAAUGUUCCCACAUGUUGCCUACAAAAGCUGGUGCUAAGGAAUAAAAUGAAGCAGCUUGGACAGGAGCUAUAUCAUGUAGCCAAUGGAAAGAGGGCUCAUCUUGGUGAAGAAUUCACAUCUUGCUAUGAUGCUACUAGCUUAAGACACAUAGUUAAGAACUUAUCCAACAAGCGUACACUGGAUGAAAUUAACAAUCUUUUGAAUUACAUGGCAAUACUUGAAAAGGACCUUGCUCAGAAGGAAAGCUCCAAAUCUACAAGUCUCGAAAACAAUAGAAUGGGUAAAGUAACUAUGCCAAAGAAACCUGGACCAACACGGUUUCAGCUUCUUCAGGCUAGGUUUACAAAAUUAGGAUUGAAAAAUAUCUUAGAAAAGCCCACUAUUAACGAACCUGAAGGAAAAAAUGCUAUUUCAAAGAAAAUAUGUCGUCAUGCUCUCAAACCCCUAUAUAUUCAAAGCAGAAAUUCUGUCCAAGAAACAAUGGAAGAGACUCCAAUGGUAGAAAAAGACAAAAGUGGUGUUUUUGCGGAAGUUAAUGAAUAUACUUGUAGUUUUAGCCAAACUAAUCCUAAAAAAUUAGAAUUGGAGACACCAAUUGAUUUACAAGUCCAAGUUUCACACAGUACUAUUCUACAUGAUGCAUUUCCUAAUAACAGAGUGUUCCCUAUUCAGACAACUGGUAAAGGUCCAGAUCCAGAUUUAACAGUGCUACAAGCAAAUACUACCCAAACAGUCGUGAAGGUGCAAAAUGAGGAUUUUGAGAAAUGUGAAAUGGUGUCCCUAGAAUCUGACUUGAUGCACACUCAACAAACCCAGCAACAAGACCCACGUGCUGAAAGUGACACUUUGGGAUCCCCAACUAAGGAAGUACACAUAUCUAAUAAGAAAAAGCAGCAGGAUAACAGAAAUCAAAUGCACAUAGCUCAGAGGAUAACUCCAAAAUUACCAGUACAAGCAGAUGGAUACUUGGAACCCAACCAAAUCAAUCAUAUAUACAGUUAUUCUGAAAAAUAUCAGCAAAGCACAAAUUGUCAAAGCCUGCCUGCACACUUGGCAAGAACAAAUCUGUUUGGAAAUGUUCCCAUGCAGCUAACAGACAGCCAAGAAAGGACAAAGCCAGAAACUAAAAUAAGCCAGAAACCUGUCCCUGGACUAACACUUCAUGAAAAUCUCAGACCUUCACCUACUGUUGUCAUCGUUGCAGCAGCAAACACAGGGCACUUAAAUGAUCCUUCCCUUCAACGAACAACCAAUGAAGACAAUUCACAGAUAUGUCAACAAAGAGUCUUACAAGUUAUUUCUCUCACUGAUGACAGGCUCACCACCACUUUUUCUAAAAACCCAGUUCUGAAAGAAAGUGGGGCUAUACUAAAGGUUCAAGAUACAAAGAUUAAAGAAUGUGGAGUGGUCACCAAGCUUGAGCCUACAGAUAAGACCGUUUCAGAAGUGCACUUAUGCAAGCAAAUGGGUUUGCCUUCAAUGGGCCUCAGUGAGCACAGUAGCAAAGACUUUCCCUGGAAAUAUAAAGUGUACAGUUAUGCUGAGCCAGCAACGUCCCCUCAAUAAUGAGCUUAAUACAGAUGUAAAAGGCAAACUCUUAAUGUUUGUGGACAUUAUUAUAUGGAGGGUGCUCUGACCUUUUGUUGUUACAUAACCACAUGUACAUCAUUCAAAAAACUUUAAAAAUGAAAAACUGUGUUUAGGCAGCUCCUGGGCACAUCAUCAAUACAACAAUUAUUAAAAUAGUGCACAUUACAGUACCUAGUGACAUGGUAAAGAACACAUACUUACAUAUUUACAACAGCAAUGACCUUACUGCUGUCACCGUUUAACAAAGCUUACUUCUUUGUGCCUCAUCAGCAUAAGAGAAAUGUUU